CUCACAUUGCUACCUAUCCCAGUUGACCUAGCCACAAUGCAUGGCACUUCUGAAAUGGGGCCCUAAAAUGGUGACAUUCUGAAGCUAAACUAGCGAGAAGCCUCCUCUAAUACAAAGAUGAAGCGAUUUAGACCGCUGAGCUCUUCCUUUGCGUCAUUUUAUAGCAUUUCGCGUCUAUUCGCCACCGCAUAGAACAUUGGUGCCGACAGCAUCGCUGGACCCACGCGCUGGACCGCCUUUGGCACAGCGACCAACGGAAUAAUGGACUUACUGCGCAGGGCUGCGCACCUGGUAGCAGGUGGCGGGUCCAACAGUGGCGGCAGCGGCAGCCACGUGCCUCCGCCGCCUGCCAGCUCCGGCCAGCAGCAGCAUCCUCCGCACGAACACAACCGGCACAUCCCGGAUGAGCACGUGCACUGGCAGCUGGCAGAAGCCGGAGGCCUGGGGCUAGCAGCGGGCGAUGAUGAGGACGGACAGCAGCAACCUGGGAUGGCGCAGCCGCUUGUGUUCCCGGACCCCACCGCAGAGCCCUUCCCGCCGCCCGGGCCCGCCCCAACCGAGCCCGCCGGCGGCUGGCGGCGGCGCAGCAGCGGCGCGAACAGCGGCCACAGCGCCCACAGCGCCCACAGUCCAGAGCACGGCCACGACGGCGCGGCUCACGGCUCGCACCACCUCAACCACAACCACCCGUACAACCACAACCACCAGCACAACCACCAUUGCCAUCACCGCCACCACCAGCUCCACCUGCACCAGCGGCAGCAGCCCCACAGCAGCAACGCCCAUCAACACGUCGCGGCUCCCAGCCUCAGCCACAGCCAGAGUGCCUACGCCUCGCGCCGCGCGUCCACGGAGGACGGGGCCGGGGCGGCGGCGGCGGGGGAGUGGAGCGGCGUGGCGUCUGACGUGGAGGUGUGCGACCUGCUGCGGCGGGACGUGACGCUGCGCAACACGUCCAUGCUGGCGGCGGGCUUCAGCGACACCUCACACGCGGCGCACGUGCGGUCGCUGCUGCAGCAAGAGGAGUCCAAGCGCCAGUCGCGGCUGGACGCCCUCAAACACCUGGAGGCCGAGGCAUCCCGCAAACACCUGGCGUCCAAGUGGACGCAAGUGGAGGCGUGGGAGCGGCGCGAGAACGCCGCCACCGCCAUCCAGCGCGGCUACCGCGCCUGGCUGCGCCGCACUGGCCGCUACCCGCUCAAAUCGUCGCGGCAACCCGAGCCCUCGCGCCCCGACACCCGCGCCUCCAGCCGAGCCGGCGCCGCCAGCAGCCGCCUGCUCCGCACGGUGCGGCAGCCAGCGCCGCCCUCGUCUUCGUCCGUGUCGUUCUCCGGCGGCUCCUUCUCAGCCGGCGCCGGCAGGGAGGGCUCGGCGGCGGCGCUGCAGGGCGCGGGCUCGGGCAGCAUCAAGGGGACGCAGCAGCGCAGCGCGGUGCCGCCGCUGGCGCUGGCGCAGUCGCAGCCGCCGGCGUCGCAGCGGCUGUCGCAGCUGGCCACGGCCACCAGCGCCAGGACGAAGCCAACGACGCAGCGGACCACCGCGCGGGCGGCCGUCAUCGCGGCUGCGGGCGCCGCCGCCGAGGCCAUGCCGGCGGCGCUGGCGGGUGCAGUGGGCCUGCGCGCACCCGCGGACAGCAGCAGUGGUGGGGAGGAGGCGCCUGCUGCUGGCCUGGGGCCGGGCACGGCUCGGACGGCGCUGCUGCUGCGGCCGCUGCAUGACCAGUCGGGGGCAGCCAGCCGCCACGCCCGGGGCGCCCCCGGUCAGCUCACUAGCAGGUCGCCGGACCCGCUGUCGCCCGACGCCGCCCGGGGUGCGGACGGCGCCGUGUUCGCGGUGUCGGCCGCUGUGAUGUCGCCGCGUGUGCACCAGACGCCGCGCAGGGAGCAGCUGGGCGUGGCGGCGGGCGUGGCCGAGGGGCCGGUGCCGGCAGCACGCAGCGACCUCGCGCCGGGCCCUGUGUUGGGCGGGCGGCAGGUGGAUGUGGGCAGCGGAGCAGCAGGAGGAGCAGGAGCAGGCUUGGCAGCUGCAACAACACCGGCACCGUCAGUAGCGCCCGGGUCGGUGUAUGCCUCCAGCCUUUACGCCCCGACCAGCAGCCUCCCAUCGGGGUCAGUCGCGCAAGCACCGCUGGCGCGGCCGCCGCCCGCCCUGGCUCUUGACCAGCUUAGGGCAGCGGAUGACAGAGCCGCGGCCGCCGCCGCCGGCAGCACUGCCCUGAGCUCCUCGCCCCAUGCGCAGCUGCGCACGCCGCAGGGCCAGGUUCGCCGCGGCACCAGCUGGCAGCAGGAGGAGGCUGCAGCGCAGUCGCCGUCCGGGCCACGGCCGCCGGGCGUGCCGCCUCUGCAGCUGUCGCAGUCUCCCGCCGCGACCACCUCCGGCUCCAGCAUGUUGCCGCCCAUCAAGCAGACCUCUGCGGGGGCAGGGGCGGGCGGGGGUGCGGGUGCCAUGAGCAACCUGGCUUCGGCUCUGGAGGCAGCCAUUGGCGCCGGCUGCGCCACCCCCACCUACCAGGCCUCCUCGCCCUCUUACAGCGGCCGCACCAGCUUCAACGGCCCGCCGGGUAGCGGCCUGGGCGCAUUGGUCUUCAGUGGCGGCGGUGGCGGCGGCGGCGGCGGCGGCGGCAGCUUCAGCGGCGCAGCCGGCACCGGCGGAAACAGCAGCCUGCUAGGCCGGCCGACGUCACUGCAGGGCACUGGGCAGGGUUACCACGAGGCCGCCAGCGCCCCGGGCUGCGAAGGCGAGCUGCCCCCCAGCCUCUCGCUGCGCAUCGGCGGCGACGGCCCGGCCCAGGGCUCGGGUUACCCCGCGCACCACCCCGCGCCGCAGAACGCCCGGCGUGGCGCCCCCUCCCUGCCCGCCAACACCAUGCUGGUGGGGUCCUCCCUGACCGCCAAGCCGCCGCCACUCGCAAUCGCCCUCGGCAACGCCAGCAACGCCUCCGCCGCCUCCUCACCUAGCGGCGCCGCCGCCACGCCUGGCACGCCCGGCGGCGGCGGCUCUGGCAGCCGCCGCUCGCUCGACCGCAUGUCCGCCCACAGCUGGGCCGCUGCGCAGCAGCAGCUCCAACAGCAAAUCUCCCUGCAGCAGCAGCAGUACCAGCAGUCGCAGCAGUACCAGCAGUCGCCGCAGGGCUCGCCCUCCGGCUCCGGCCUCUUCCCCGCCGCCCCACGCUCUGGCGGCAGCUUCCUGGCCCCCACGCCCGCGCCGCGCAGUGGCCUGGGGCCGCCGCCGCCGCACACCGGCGGCCGCGGCUCACUGGACUUCCCACGCGACGGCGGCGGCGUGGGCUCCGCCCCCGCGGGCUUCAUCGUCGGCAACAGCCGCGGCCACGGCCACUCGCUCAGCGGCCAGGUGGGCCUGGGACCCGCAGCGACGACCGGCAGCGGCAUGGCAGUUGGGAUGGCAGUUGGGAUGGCGUGCCCGGACCCCGACGCACCGCCGCCCACGUGUCCGCUGCCCGGCCGGGUGGGCCACCACCGCACGGGCUCGGGCGCGGGGGUGCUGCCACCUGGUGUGGGUUGGCAGGCUGGCGGUGGGGCGGGGGCAGGGGCGGGUGAUGACUCGGAGGGGGGUGGCGCCAGCCUGGUAGACCUGGACGUGGGCGGCGUCCCUUGGAGCUUGGCAUCCGCUGCGGGGGGUCCGGCCGGCAGCUUCGGCGGUGGUGCUGACGGUGGCUCGCUUUCGAUGGGCGGCAGCGGCGGCGGCGCUGGUGGGCGGGGGCCGUCACUGGUGGCGCUGUCUGCCGGCAGUUGGUCCUCCACUCGCCAGCAGCCGCACUCGGUAGCGGGCGGCGGCGGUGGCGGCGGAGGUGGCGGCGCGCUGGCACGCGGCGCGCUGGUGAGCACGCUGGCCCGAGGUGCUGGCGGCGGCGGCGGCGGCGGUGGCAUGAGCGUGGCUCAGCUGGAGGCGUUGCGUAUUUCCGGGGCGCGAACCAGUAUGGACGUCUACCCCGCCAGCUCGGUGGCGCAGCUUGGGGGCAUUGGUGGCGUCGGGCUGGGCUUUGGGGCGGCUGGCGCGGCGGGGCAGUCGCCGGGGCGGGGCGGGCCGCAUGGGUUGGUGGGGCCGCCGGCGCCCAGCCGGGAGUCGCUGGCGUUCUUUGAGCAGGGCGAGCGGCCGUCGCCGCUGGUGGCGGCGGCAGGCGGUGGCGGUGGCGGCGCUGCGCGCAUCGGCGGCCGGGGCAGUCUGGAGCUGGGGCUGGGGCUGGGCGGUGCGGCGGUGCCGCCUGCAGCCAGAGGCCGGUGCACGUCGUCUCUGGACCUGGUGCCGGGCGACCGCACUGUGACGUGGCGGCUGGGGCUGGGGCUGCGAGACAGCUCCAUGGGCUCAGGGCAGCCGCCGGAGGGAGGCGGCGGGGCAGGAGGUGGGGCCGGGGGCGGGGGCGGGGGGCUGCUGCCGGCGGUGGAUGGGCACGGACACGGUCAUGCGCACGGCCACGCCGCUCACGGACACGGGCAGGCGCGCGCGGCGUGGUGAGGUGUGACGAGGCGUGGAAGAGGCCGGGCUGUGUGCACGGGGGCAACACACGUGCGUGUACGUCAAGAAGAACUGAAGGCGUGAAGGCGUGUACGGUAGUAUGGUCGUCAACGGCGGUACCAAGGGGUGUGCUGUGGGCGUGGAAGCGAUGCUUUUGUUUGUGAUGCCUCCUGUGUGUAUCGAUGUGCGUGUGCCGCCUGGGUGUUUCUGGUGCGGUGCCGCGGUGCCGCUGCGAUGCGGUAUCGAUGCCGCGGGGGUGGAGAUAGUACGUCAGCGUGUGAGCCUGUAGUAGACCCAUUGCGUUGCGUUGCCGAACACGGCAGAUAGAAUCGUGAGCAACGCAUCUGCAAGUUCGUAGCAAUGACUACCGGGCCCACUGUACUGCUCGCCUUGUCAUGCUGGCACAUGCUAGACCAACUUACAUCUAACGACAAAGGUUAUCAUAAGCUCAACAUCUGACCUUGCCCCUGGGCAAGUAGGCGCGCUCCAGACCACGGCUUGCUUCUUUGCGCGCCGCACACGGUGUCUGUGGUGCUUAGCUGGCUGGCGGAGCACGAUUCAUGUAUACCUGUUGGCGACUUGUGACUGUUUGCACGAAUGGCAGUUGGGCAAUUGUUGGCCGGCUGCUUUAGUGCGCGGAAGGUGGUGUUGCUGCAAUUCUGCUGUGCGUCCUGUUGACUAAAGUGCCAAGUUGUGUGUCAUGUGGAGCCAAAUCGCGUGCUCCUGCACACCCUGCCACACCGGGACAAUGAGACCCGUUGGUAGAUGUCGUACCGUCGACACUACUCUGAUGUAACGUCAGCUUGGUUGAAGCGGAGCUGGGCAGGGUGCGGGGCGAUGUUGCUUGUGCUAGCUUCACUGGCCUCGGCUCUACAACGUCAUGUUCGCUUGUGCGUGUUGCGUUCUUUCAAGCACAUCAAUAUGUUGAGGCGUGCCGGUUGGCUUGCUGAUAGUUCUCCCGCACGCGGGGUUCUUCAAGCACUGACUGUAUCACGUACUGCACGAUGUAGUGUUGCUAGAACUUCA